AUGUUACGUAACCUAGCAGGGUUAGAAAGCCACAUCGGUUAUACCCAGCCACAUCAGUGGUACACAGCCAAACCAGUGGUACACAGCCACAUCAGUGGUACACAGCCUCAUCAGUGGUACACAGCCACAUCAGUGGUAUACAGCCACAUCAGUGGUACACAGCCUCAUCAGUGGUACACAGCCUCAUCAGUGGUACACAGCCACAUCAGUGGUACACAGCCACAUCAAUGGUACAUAGCCUCAUUAGUGGUACACAGCCUCAUCAGUGGUACACAGCCAUAUCAGUGGUACACAGCCUCAAUAGUGGUACACAGCCUCAUCAGUGGUACAAGCCUCAUCAGUGAUAAACAGCCAUAUCAGUGGUACACAGCCUCAAUAGUGGUACACAGCCUCAUCAGUGUACACAGCCUCAUCAGUGGUACACAGCCUCAUCAGUGGUACACAGUCUCAUCAGUGGUACAAAGCCUCACCAGUGGUACACAGCCUCAUCAGUGGUACACAGCCUCAUUAGUGGUACACAGCCACACCAGUGGUACACAGCCUCAUCAGUGGUACUCAGCCUCAUCAGUGGUACACAGUCUCAUCAGUGGUACACAGCCUCACCAGUGGUACACAGCCUCAUCAGUGGUACACAGCCACACCAGUGGUUAA